UACAUUUACAUGCAGAUAUUUAAAUACCUUUUUCUGAUACGUUAAUGUUUUUUCUGUUUCUUCACGAGUGCUGGUCGCGGUGUCCUGUGUAACUUCAACAUAUUGAGGUUAGGUGCAGAGAUUGUUUAUUUGGUAAAAUAUUAUUUAAUCCCAGUGGAGAUUUAUGCCAUUCAUCGGCCGUUCGGCAUAUACUUAGUUUGGAGCCCAAUUGGAAGUAAAAGAAAGUCAGUCAACACAUAAGUAUUUUAUAACAAACGUCAAACAAUAGGGGUGACACUUUGAGACAAAGUAGAUAAUUAAUUUUGAAAUCAAAGGUUUGGGGGACCUAACAAAAAUUUUGUCCUAUUUAUUUAAUGUAAUGAUGUUUGGAUGAUCCGACCACGUACUAGACUAGAAAAAUGGCGACCAGAGUGUAUGUUGGAAAUAUACCAUUCGACUCUACGGAACGCGAUUUGGUCGUGUUCUUCCAAAGGUACGGCAAGAUUGAUGAAAUAUUCAUGAAGAACGGAUACGCGUUCGUUGAAUUCGAUGACUUCCGCGACGCCGAAGAUGCCGUCUGCGACAUGAACGACAGAAAAUUGUUGGGCAGAAGGGUAACGGUGGAAAUUGCCCGGGGAAAACCGAGGCUGCGCGGCGACAGAAGAAAAGGUCCUCCAGUCAGGACCAACUAUAGGUUAAUCGUCGAGAACCUAUCAUCUAGAGCCACCUGGCGUGAUUUGAAGAAACACAUGCGCAGAGGCGGCGACGUGACUUACGCCGAUGCCCAUCACUUCCGACGCAACGAAGGAAUCGUGGAAUUUGCAACUUACGGCGACAUGAAGUGUGCAAUGGAAAAAAUGUCCAAUACUGAAUUGAACGGUAGAAGGAUUCGUUUGGUCGAAGACGACAGGGUCAAAAAUAAAUACAGCUUCCGUUCAAGAAGCAGGUCGAUUUCCGAGUCCAGGAAACGUAAACGUAGCUUUUCCAAUGACCGGUCGCUGGAACGUUUUGCACGCAGGAGAUCUGAAUCAAGAUCUAGCAGGUCCCGCUCUACAAGCAGACCAAAACGAUAUUAGUAAGAUGUUCAUUCUUAGUCCAAUCGUAAGCAAUUGUUAUACGUAAGUACGUUAAAUUUAGAAUUUCAUUAAUUUCAACUUUCAAGUAUUUUUAAUUAGUUUUUCGUAUUUUCUAAUCCAUUUGUUUAGAAGUAUUUGUUCAUUUCAGUUUUAAUAAACAUUAUCGUAUAACUUUUACUAGUGUACAAUAAAUAAGGAUAUAUCAAAUUUAAUUAUAAACGUAAACGUAAAAUUCGCAAGAUCCACAAUUUUAAAAUCCGAUCGUAUACAGAAAGAGCGCCCACUCACAAAUGGUUGAGAGAGUAUAUUUUCCAAUAGUAAUGUCUUGGUUAGUCAAUAGAAAGAAGAGAUUUAUGCUUUGCCGCAUAGACGGGAACAAAUGGGCCAAAUAAUCGAUACUGAUAUCGGGACGAUGAGAUUGACAUGACUUCAAGAGGCUUUCCAAUAAAAUUGAGUUUCUGAUAGUAAUUAUGUUGACUAUAAAUAACUUUCUGCUUCAUCAUUUUGUUUAAGAACGAAUUUCGAUUUUAUAAUCACUUUUAAAAUUAAAUUAUUGAGUUUUAAUCAGAAUUCUAAAAUUGAGAACUUGCGUACGUGUUUGCAGUUCAUUCAUUUGGAGAAUAGAGUAAAUGUCUUACUAUAAUGCAAAAGUCACAAAAUUUAUUCUACUUUUAAAAUGUUUGAUAUUGAAAUAUUUGUUUAGCACAAAAAUAAUUUUUAUGUGUUUAAAUUUGUUACAUUUUGUAUGAUAUUUUAUUGUUUGACAAAGUGUUUAAAAUAAAAGGAUUUAAAAUUAA